AGUGCGGCGUUAAUAAUCCUACAGUUGACAUUACAUUAGGCGUAAACACGGAGGGAGAGUAAACGAAUAUGAAAUGAGCGCGGCGCUUUGAAAAUAACAGUAGUUCCAGGCUGCUCAUUUUCGCCUGAUCGGUCAGGCCACUAUGUCGAACGUCUGAGAGCGUUGCAGGCUUCUUAGCGCCUGCUUUUAGCUUUAAUAUUUGAACCUAACGAUUGAUAUUAACAUUUGCAACAACAACAAAAAAGAAAAACGCUAAUCGAUCACACACAUGAAACGCUCUGAAUUGUACACGACAACUGUCGGGAGAUAUCGUCGUAUUUCAAAAGGUUUUUAAGACAAGUAUUGAGCGUUCUUGUUGAGGACAACAAAGCAAUGAUGUGCGCCUAAAGUUUAUCCUGAUCACAUGGGCUCCUAUAGUGUGCUGACCAAAUGGUUUAAUGACCAGGACUAAAAAUGAGCAUAAGCAGUGAUGAGGUUAAUUUCCUGGUUUACAGAUACCUACAGGAGUCAGGCUUCUCACACUCAGCAUUCACCUUUGGCAUAGAGAGCCACAUCAGCCAGUCCAACAUCAAUGGAGCCCUGGUGCCCCCUGCUGCCCUCAUCUCCAUUAUCCAGAAGGGCCUGCAGUACGUGGAGGCUGAAGUCAGCAUCAACGAAGAUGGGACCUUAUUUGACGGGCGCCCCAUUGAGUCGCUCUCUCUGAUCGACGCAGUGAUGCCCGAUGUAGUCCAAACCAGGCAGCAAGCCUACAGGGACAAGUUGGCACAGCAACAACAGCAGGCAGCAGCAGGCAGCAGCAGCAGCGCUGGGCCCCAGGGAAGCACUAAGAAUGGCGAGGGUGCAGCAAAUGGGGAGGAAAAUGGAUCCCAUGCCUUAGCCAAUCACCACUCGGAGAUGAUGGAAGUGGAUCGGGAUGUAGAAAUACCCCAGAGUAAAGCCAUGGUCCUCAGAGGCCACGAAUCUGAAGUUUUUAUCUGUGCCUGGAAUCCAGUCAAUGACCUGCUGGCAUCUGGGUCUGGGGAUUCGACAGCUCGAAUCUGGAACCUGAGUGAAAACAGCUCAGGUGGGUCCACCCAGCUGGUUCUGAGACACUGCAUACGAGAAGGAGGCCAGGACGUACCGAGCAACAAAGACGUCACCUCACUAGACUGGAAUAGUGAGGGCACACUCUUGGCAACAGGCUCUUAUGACGGCUUUGCUAGAAUAUGGACAAAAGACGGUAACCUGGCCAGUACUUUGGGUCAGCACAAAGGUCCCAUAUUUGCACUCAAGUGGAAUAAAAAAGGAAACUUCAUCCUUAGCGCUGGGGUAGACAAGACCACGAUUAUAUGGGACGCCCACACAGGAGAGGCAAAGCAGCAGUUUCCUUUCCACUCAGCGCCUGCUCUGGAUGUUGACUGGCAGAGUAACAACACGUUUGCGUCCUGCAGCACAGACAUGUGCAUUCAUGUCUGUAAAUUGGGUCAGGACCGACCCGUCAAGACCUUCCAGGGACACACGAAUGAGGUCAACGCUAUCAAGUGGGACCCCACUGGCAGCUUGCUCGCCUCCUGCUCUGAUGACAUGACUCUAAAGAUAUGGAGUAUGAAACAGGACAUGUGUGUCCAUGACCUUCAAGCCCACAGUAAAGAAAUUUACACCAUCAAGUGGAGCCCCACAGGACCCGGGACCAACAACCCCAAUGCCAACCUCAUGCUGGCCAGUGCAUCCUUUGACUCGACGGUGCGUCUGUGGGACGUGGAGCGCGGGGUGUGCAUCCACACGCUCACCCGCCACCAAGAGCCCGUGUACAGCGUGGCCUUCAGUCCUGACGGCAGACACCUAGCCAGCGGCUCUUUCGACAAGUGUGUCCACAUCUGGAACACUCAGACCGGUGCUUUAGUCCACAGCUACAGGGGGACAGGAGGGAUCUUUGAGGUGUGCUGGAAUGCCACCGGGGAUAAAGUAGGAGCCAGCGCAUCUGAUGGAUCUGUUUGCGUAUUAGAUCUGAGGAAAUGACACUCGUGCGGGGGAGCCAUGGACCGACUACGAAUGUGUACAUAGCCAAAAUGACUGACUUUCCCUGCCUGUCCGCCACACUGCUGUAGUCCCCACCAGACGCCAUGGCCUGCCAUCUCAGCCCCAUCCCGAAACCUCCCCGCUCCCCAUCACCCACCUUCAAACACUCAUUCAAGGACCACAUUUUCGACACAUCCGCUUUUGGGAACGUGUGAGAGACUUUCAAGAGGAAGUCGUUGCUUUUUGUCCGCCCCAGUCCAUAUUCCCUUUCGUUACAUGCAAACCAAAACAGCGGGAUUCCUCAUUUGUCCUCUUUUUAAUCCUUUGUACCAGAAUUCUAAAGAUUUUUUUUUUCCGGUUGUUGUUGUUUUGUUUUCUGUUGGUGUGUGCAUAUUGCAUAUGUCAGCAUUUGGUGUCCUGUGGACAUUGUGUUGAAAUUGGACUUUACUGUAAGUUUUAUAUUGUAUGCUGGGGAGAGAAUGGGCAAGAGGAUGAAGUUUUUUUUUUUUUUUUUUUAAAUCUGUGUCCAGCAGGACAUCACUUUCUUGGCACUCUUCAAACAUGCAGAUGUAUAGCUUAGAAGGUACUUUGGUUUACCCAUUAUUUUUAUCCACUUGUUGCUUUUUUGCCGUUGUAAACAAAAAUAUAAAGCAAAUAAUCCCCCCUCCAAAAAAUCCCAAUGUCCUUUGUUUGCAUCUUUUUGCCAGUUUUUUUUUUCUAGGUGUUCACAAACUGUCAGGUUUAAUGUUGAGCUAUAAAAGAAAGAGAGAAGAAAAAAGACCUCAAGGCUUGGAGAGAUUUUUUAUUUUUUAUUUUUAUUAUUAUUAUUACUUUAUGUGUUGGUCUGACACAUUGUGCAGCCGCCCUCCAUCCGGGAUGUGACCUCUUGUUUCUGUCAAAGUGAAGGACCGCAGCAUAAGGAGGGAUCUGCGUGGCGCUUAAACUGCUUGCGUCCAUCCUAACGGUAAUUGUGCUUGCAUCCUCAAUUCAACGCAAAGUAAUGCUGAGUGAUAAUCACACUAAUCCCCUCUAAUUGGGCACCACGGGCUUCACUGUUGAGCGCAACUCGUGGAACUUGAUUCAAUAUUUUUUUUUUUUUUUUUUUGCGAUCGGCACCCUCGGGUCGCGCAAACGCUCUGGAGACGGGCUUCGUUCGAGCCUAUGCACGGAUAGAAUGGUGGCGCUUUUUGUUCUUUUUAUUAUUAUGAUGCCAGUCUGUGCUUGUUGUUCAAACCCAUACGUUUGUGUGCCACUCUUGCACGUAGAGUGGAUUCUAGUUUGUUUUCAUGUUUCAAAUGCAAUGCGUAAUGUUUGUCCUGCGUGACCAGGGGCCGUGACCACGAAGAAUGUUUUUUUUUUUUUUUUUUUUUUUUUGUGAUUUAAAAUACCAUUAAACAGUCAUUGGAAAGUUGAACUAACUGCCCUUCUAAAGGGUUUUCUUUUCCUGCACUUUAGCGUAAAAAUGGAGAAACAGGGAGGUGUGUUUUUAUUCAAGUCGAACACAUUUAAAGUAAAAAAAAAUAAAUACAUAAAAAAGAGGAAAUACAGUGCAGUGCUUUAGUGAGAUUCCACGGGUUUUAAUCACAUUUCUACUGAAUCAUUUAUGUUGAAGCCAACGUCUGCAUUCCAGGUGUCAUCUCACAGCCAUAAAUAUAGUCCGCUCGAUACAAAUAUACAAAUACACGGGAGGUUUGCCACAAUGUUACCCAUUUGAAAAGUUUUGUACUAUUUUGAAGUUUGCUUUAUUGGUGUCGAUGGUGACUGAGCUGUACUACGAAUACACAAUUUCAAAAAUGAGGUCCAUGACAGUGGAAUGGUAUUUUUUAAUGUUUGUUUUAGAUACGCUUUUUACACUGCAUUCAAGUGGUAGCUUUUUUUUUCUUUUUGUUCCUACUGAGUAAAAAAAAAAAAUAUAUAAAAAAAAACAAGAUAAAAUAGUCCAAUUCUUCUAUCUUUGCUAUGUUUGAGAGCCCUUGAAGGUUUUGUAUUCCUCCAAACUUUUGUAAUUCAGACUGAUUUGUAGCUAUGUUCUCCAAAAUGAACAAAAAGAGAAAAAAAUCUGGUUAAUUGUUGAUGUACCACAGAAAAUGUAAAUACCAGUUUGCAGAUCUUUUCUUUUUCUUGUGAUGUCUUUGCCCUCACUUGCGUUGUACUCUCUCACUCACAUGGUUGCAGUCUGACUGUUGGAAUAUCAGUUGGAUCUCAAG